UCAAACAGAUUAAAUAAAACUUGCAAUCAUGAAAUUUAAUAUCUACUAAAUUCUGAAAUAUAGCUGUCAAAUUUUAUAUCUGAAGAAAACAUUGAUCUUUGGUUUCUUUAUUUGGUUAUUUGUUGAAACAAUAAAAAACUUACAAUAAUAUCUGAUUUUAUUUCUUUUUCAUUAUUAUGAUAUUUUUGGAUAUUAAGAUUCUCAAAACAAGAAAGAAAAAAAAAACACAUAUAAUAUGGAUAUGAUAGAAGGAAACUACACCUUGGUGACUGAGUUUAUUCUGUUAGGGUUUCCAACUCACCCCGAACUGCAGAUUGUCCUAUUCCUGGUGUUUCUGAUGUUGUAUGGUGUGAUUCUAAUGGGGAACAUUGGCUUGAUCAUGUUAAUCAGAAUAGAUUCCCAUCUUCAGACCCCCAUGUAUUUUUUUCUCAGUAACCUAUCCUUUGUAGACCUUUGUUAUUCCUCAGCCAUUGUUCCCAAAAUGCUGGUCAACUUCCUCUCAGAGAACAAAUCCAUUUCCUAUUAUGGCUGUGCCUUGCAGUUCUAUUUUUCCUGUACUUUUGCAGAUACAGAAUCCUUUAUCUCGGCUGCCAUGGCCUAUGAUCGCUAUGUCGCCAUCUGUAACCCUUUGCUGUAUACAGUUGUGAUGUCCCGGGGCAUCCGUGUAUGGCUGAUUGUCUUGUCCUAUAUUGGUGGCAACAUGAGCUCUCUGGUUCAUAUAUCCUUUGCCUUUAUUCUGAAAUACUGUGACAAAAAUGUGAUUAAUCACUUUUUCUGUGACCUCCCUCCACUGCUUAAGCUCUCCUGCUCAGACACCUCAGUUAAUGAGUGGCUCCUCUCCACGUAUGGCAGCUCCGUGGAAAUCAUCUGCUUCGUCAUCAUCGUUAUCUCCUACUAUUUCAUUCUUCUCUCAGUCUUAAAGAUUCGCUCUUCCAGUGGGAGGAAGAAAGCGUUCUCCACGUGUGCCUCUCACCUGACUUCUGUGGUCAUUUAUCAGGGGACUCUACUGUUUAUUUACUCAAGGCCCAGUUCCCUGUAUUCUCCCAACACUGAUAAAAUCAUCUCGGUGUUCUACACCAUUGUCGUCCCAGUGCUAAAUCCACUGAUUUACAGUUUGAGAAACAAAGAUGUAAAAGAUGCAGCUAAGAAAGCUCUAAGAUCAAAGGCAGAUUCCUCCUCAUGAGACGUGAAGCUCCAGGGACUCACCCAAUUCCCUAAUUA